AUGUCAAGCCCUUUAAUGAACAAUAGCAGUCGCUCUUCGUCAUGGUCGAGUUUGAAAACGACGACAGUCAACCUCGAUGAACGACAACUGUUUGACGACAUGCACGCUGCACGCCAUGCACUCGAUCUGUUUUUGAAUUCUCGCAUUGUUGAAGCUGAAGCUAUAUUACGACCCGAGUUGUGCAAAACAUCCAUGUACUAUUCGCUCGGCAAAGCUGUCUUGUUGGCGCUCAAGAGCAUGAUGACUUUUCAAGCGGCAGAUUUUGGGGAAGCCAUUGUUGCAUUAAAACAAACAGUGCAGUUGGCUAAUACGGUUAUCAGCAAGAGCCAAUCAGCUGAAAGCAAUGGUUGGUUCCUUGAUGGAUUGACAUCUUGGAUCAAGGGUGGAUUGACAGUGGAACGACUAGAAAAUAUGAAACCGAUUGCUCGGCAUGCUGAGUUAAUUCAAGCUGAAGCACAUUUGCUCAAAGCCAUGCUAUGCAUUGUCCACGAUGAGAGUCUCAUGUCUUUUUUGCGUGAAGGUCUCAACAUUCGUCAGAGCUACAUUGCCUACACCGUACUGGAGUCAUUUAUUCAACAAACGAAGAUGCCCCUUGAUCCACAUUUUACAUCAGGCGUCUGCUUUGGUAUUGGCUCCUUUAAGCUCAUGCUAUCAUUGCUGCCCAAGACUGUUUUACGUCUUGUCGAGUUUAUCGGAUUCUCGGGUGAUCGCACACAAGGAAUGAAGUUGCUUGAAUCCAAUGGAGGAUGGGACGACUACAAAAGGACUGGGAAUGAACCUAGACUUCAGGGUCCGGAUGAAGGAUUACGCCGACAAUUUUCGGACAUGAUGCUGAUCAACUACCACCUGGUCAUUGCUAAAUUGGUACCUGUGUCAGAUGCUGAUGAACCUCUCGCUUCUGCCGUUCUUGAUUACAACCUUAAGUUAUAUCCGAAUGGCGUCAUCUUUUUAUUCUUUCUCGGCCGUAAACUGUUUUGCGAGACAAAACUUGAUGAAGCGGAUGAAGCGUACACUCGAGCUAUCAACACACAAAAGGAUUGGAUACAAUUACAGCAUAUUGGUUACUGGGAACGUGGAUGCAUCAGCAUGGUUCGUGGCGACUGGAAAUUAGCGGUGGAUAUAUAUGGCAUUUUGCACAAGGAGAGCAAUUGGUCCAAGGCAGUGUACAUGUAUUUCAAAGGCGUCGCACUAUUCAUGCUUGCACAAAGCGAAUCAGAUGGAAGCAAACGUAAGGAUUUGAUCUCUCAGGCACAUGACAUCAUGGAAAGGGUUCCUGAAUCAAGACAAAAAAUCGCUGGCAAAUCAAUCCCACUUGAGAAAUUCGUUGCGCGGAAAGCACGCAAGUUCGUUGAUCAAGCCAACUAUCUUUUGUUCCCUGAUCUCGAAGUAUUGAAUGCAUUUGGUAUUAGCGACUAUAUCCCUAUUCCCUUACUACGAGCCAACAUCCAUCGAAUCGACCAAGAAUUGAACAAUGCUCCUCAUGCUUCUGCCGACGAUGUGUGUCUUGCCUAUUAUCUUCGCAGUGUUAUGGCUCGACGGCUUUACAUUCGGUCCUCUGAUAAUCAACAUGAACAACAACAGAUGCGGGAGAUUCAUCAUCAAUCCAUAACAAACGUAUACAAACAAGCGCAAGACAUUGUCCUGGACCAUUAUGUUUAUUACUUCAGCCGCUAUGAGGAAGCUCGAAUGAUGAUUUUAGAUGGGGACUAUGAUGGUGCUGAAGCUAGUAUCAACGUGAUUCUCAAGGCCAAUGAGAAAGGACAAUACAAUAUAGGGAAAGGAGCCAAAGCAAAGAGUAAAUACAGCUUGGAGAACAGCCUACUAUUUAGGUGCCACAACUGCCAAACUGAAAUCCAGACAUUGCGUGCAUCUGCCACCAAGCUCAUAAACAGCGAACAUUCUACCACUAGUAGCGACUCGUUUGCAUCCGCAACAUCUUCAUGA